GUUGCUGAGAAGUUAACAGGUUGUGUAAUUCUAUGUGACUCAAUAACUCAGCUCAAAUUAUCUUUUCAAGUAACUUACCUACUAUUCUGGUUAGACUGACAGGUCAACAGUUUGAUACGAUCAGUUUCUGACCAUCUUUAAAUAUAGUGCUAACUACAGUGUCUUUUCACUCUCUAGGAUGUUGAGUGUGGGUUAAGGGACAUGUUAACGAGUAUCGCGAGUGACCUUGAAAUGUCUACGAGAAAUGACAGCAGUUGGGGAUGUAACUCAUCAAGACCACGUAUCUCAAACCUAUGGUAUCAUGCUUGUUGCUUCCACAUCGUGGGUUAUAAGCCGACGCUGGAACUGAUUGGAUAAAGCUGUGGGGUGGUUAGUGUAUGAUAUGAUUUCGUGGUGUUAAAGGAAGCUUUAUAGGACUGGUUUCUUUUGGUUCUUUACGACUUUUUGGUUGGGCUCCUAGAGAUGGUGUAACUCGGUGGCUAGAGGCGUUAUCCGACAUGGCUCAGAAGAAAAUACCAGUGACGGCUCUGUUAUGGUUUUCAUUUUAUUUCUUUAAUAAUGGUGAGAAGGACAUUUAGUUGAAACAAUUCAUCGUGAUUACACUUUUUAAAAUUGAUUUGCUUCUCUUACUGCAAUCUAUUCUUAUUCGCUUAUUCCUAUUCAUUUAUUUGUUUCUGAUUACACUUCUCCAAUCCUCUUUGAUUUAAUCCGCUUUUUAUAAAAUAAUCAUCGAUGUUUGUUUUCUGAUACACCAACUAAUAUUAUUUUCAUUCAUCCUGAUUUCCGUUUCUUUCCUAAAUUACCUUUAUUGUUAUGUUGAUGUGUGGUGUGAGAACUUGAACUAAUGCAUAUUUAUUCCAGGUUUUACGGUGUCUUUGACGAACUGACAAAUAUGUGGCUGAGUACUGAGUAAGCAAGCUUUCUCUUAGUUACUAAGUUUGGUCACAUCCACCAGUUUGUUUAUGCGUCAAAGAUCCGAGUUACCUUUUUUCAAUCAAGAUAUGUUUUACAAUCUCCUAUUUCCGUUCAACUCCAUUCUCUUACCCUAAACUUGUCGUCGCAGAUAGAAAAAGCAUGCUGUCAACCUGAUUCUACAUUCUCGAGAUUCCUGUCAUCUACUCAUCGGACACUACUAGCUAAUCUGUUUUUAUGUCGUCACUCAGGAACAUUAAUCGUCCGUCGUUUACGUGAAAAAUAUUUCAGCUUACACCCAAACAUAAAGACAGAUUCUCGGUUGUUUAUAACUCAGAAAGUUUUACUUGGAGGGUCUUUAAUUUCAUUUGCUCAAGACAAAAUUACUGAUGAAGAGGUCCUAACCACUUUGAAAAGUUUUUCAAUAAAUGGUAAUUCAAAUAAUUCCAACAAAAUUAGUCCAUUUGUUGUUGUGGAAGAUGAUACUAGUGAAGAGGAUACCCAUUCACCAGUUGAAGAUCGUACAAGAAACGAGUGUUCUGAAUCAUGGGACCCACCACUGACUUUAAUGAUAAGGGAGAUACGUAAAACAUAUUUAAAUCGGACAUCAAUGUUUUCACGUCCUACAACGGAGCCAGUUGUCGUUGGUGAUUCUUGUAUAUCUGUUUGUGAUACAGAUCCUCAUGUAAAUGAAAUUUCAAAUGAAGAUAACUUUACUGCGUCUCUUUCGUCGUUGUUUAUGGAUUUAAAUAUUCAGCCAGAUGGAACAGGUUUUGUUGAUGAGUCGUGGGAACUUGUUUAUGAUCGAACAAAUAUGCGCGUUUGGCGUAGACCACUGAUGGUACCUCAAAUAAAUGGUGAAUGUAACCCCCCAAAAUCAAAUGUCAAGUACGAGUACCGAGUUUGUGGACAAUUUCGUGAUAUAUCAGCUUUAUCGUUUAUGGAAGUACAACUCAAUUUGGACUAUCGACGAAAAUGGGAUGAUAAGAUUGUAGAAUUGCAGUGUAUUACACCGAAUAACGAUACACAUAUUAAAGAUUUGGAUAUUAUUCGUUGGGUUGUACGUUUUCCAUUUCCUAUGGUCAAUCGAGAAUAUAUUUACGUACGACGUUGGUGGAUUCAACCUAAUGAAUUUUCUAUGAAUACCGAGAAAUCACUUGCAUUUCAUAAAGAUAAUCCUUCAGAAUCAAUUCUUUUAUCUCAAGACAGUACAACUCAGAACAUUUCUACUAGACGCUAUGCCUAUCUAAUUUCUCGAUGCUCAGCAGAUUUUAAAGAAAAAUGUAUCCAAUCUUCUGAUAUUUUUUCAGUAAAGUCUUCAUGGGAAAACAUAAGAAAACGAGACCUUGUUCAAGUACAUGAAUAUCAUUCUGAGAUGUUAAUUGAGUCACAUGGAGAAUUCAAUCAAAAUGGACUUAAUUACUAUUUAAUUUAUUAUGAUGAUCCGUGUCUUCCAAUUAAUGGAUCACCAAUAAAAUUAUUUUCUGUCAGAGCUAUUGAAGAAUUUAUGACAAAACUUCAUAAAGCUGCAUUACAAUUAUGUCUUGUAGGCUUACCUAUUGGUAUUCCUCCCAUAAUAUAUGAUAAUAAUAGUAAUAAUAAUAAUAACAAUAAUAAUACUAAUACUACUGAUAGCAAAAUAAAACUUAAUCCAAAUCCAGAUCUAUUCAAUGCAUCAAAGUUAAUACCACCAUCAUCAAUACCACCUACAACAAAGAAACAAUUCAGUGGUAAAAAAUUAAAUUCCUAUUUCUUCACUGAUCGUCAUCCUUCAGAAUUGAAUAAUAAUUACAUUGAUUCAACUGCAGCCGCCUUAUCCUAGUAAUAACAAUUCCCUUAUGUUUAUUUGUUUUGUUCUGUUUAACAGUAGACUCUUCUUUUUUUCUAGCGAGAGAAAUGUUUACUUCAAUAUUCCUUCUUUUUUCUCUUAAGUUAAGUAUUUAUAAAUAAGACAGAUGGCUGGUAUGUUUAUUACUACCAUUAAGGCGAAUACCAUUUCAUGCUCUCAAUAAAAGGGACUUUCGCUUUAUUUUUGAACAUACGUACCGGUUAUACACUUUGAAAUGUGAUUUUGAUAUAAACAGUUAUAAUCUUGUGAUUGAAGCAUAUAUGAGGUAGUCUCUAUGUAGUGUUAGUUUUGUCAUUUUGAUCUACCCAUCUUGUUUACUCAAUUGUAUCUAGACGCAUAGAAAUAGUUAGAUGAAUUGAUGUAUACAUUGAUAUAUAUAUAUAUAUAUAUAUAUAUAUAUAUAUAUAUAUAUAUAUAUAUAUAUAUAUAUAUAGAGAGAGAGAGAGAGAGAGAGAGCUAACAUCAAUGUAUUCACUUUUCACGUUCCUUUUCUUUGUAUAUGCAUAUUCUGUAAAUUAUUUAUUUAUAUAAAAGUAUAAUCACAAUUGUGUAUAGUGUUUAGAAUAAGAAGUUAGUACUUAGUAA